UGUUUAGUUAGGUGAGAGCCUGGACCGACCACGCCAAAGUGGUCGAUCAACGUCUGUGCAAAGCCGACAAAAGGGGUAAAUCUGUCAUUUUAUCUCUGUCUCCAACCUCAGAUUCACCAGAAACAAAAACAUACGGCGGAGGAAAAAAAGCGACGGAGAUACCAAGAAGGAAAAAAAAACAGAGGAGGAGAAGAUAGAAGCACAUUACCUUCGAUUUCUCCGCCUCUUUAACUUCUCAUCCUCCUCCGUCUUCUCUCUGCGUCCUCGAUCUGUUUCUGCUUGAAAUUCGAAUCAAUUCGUAAUGUCGGCGGUAUCUUGCUCCACGGCGAGCUCUAGCGGCGGAUGUGGAAUUAGGUUUCAAUCAAAGACAUUUGCUUCAUCAGCAAAAACCCAUUCUCCUAAUCUCAUCAGAAUCGGGCCUAAUUCUCAGAGUGACAGAUUCUCUAUUCAUCGUUUGGAAUUGUUACAUGGAACUCCGAAAGUCAGAGGAACAUCUAUACGUAUGGCAUUAGUUGAUGAGAGACGAUCAACGAGUAAUGAUGUUGCUGAACCUCCUCGGAUUCUGGCGUAUGAUCUUGUUCAAGGAGCACUUGUGAAAUGGAGAUGGAAGGAUGACAAAUCUGUUCCAGAUACACCUACCGCUGUUCUCUUACACGGAAUUCUAGGAAGCGGGAAAAACUGGGGCACUUUUGCCCGAAGAUUGGCUCAUGAGUUCCCAACUUGGCAGUUUCUCUUGGUAGAUCUUCGUUGCCAUGGGGAUUCAGCAUUUCUCAAGAAGAGAGCUCCACACUCUGUUGCUACAACUGCUUCUGAUGUUCUAAAACUUGUUGGUCAGUUGAGGUUAACACCUCGGGUCCUUGUUGGUCAUAGCUUUGGGGGGAAAGUUGUAUUAAGCAUGGUGGAGCAAGCAGCUAAGCCUCUUCCACGACCAGUUCGCGCUUGGGUAUUGGAUGCUACUCCUGGAAAAGUUCGUGCAGGAGGAGAUGGAGAAGAUCAUCCACGAGAGCUUAUAUCAUUUCUACGUAAAUUGCCAAAAGUGGUCCUGUCAAAGCGCGAGGUUCUUAAAGCUCUUAUAAAUGAAGGGUUUUCCAAUGAUGUCGCACAGUGGGUCAUUACCAAUCUCAAACCUACUGGACCAUCGGCUUCUAGCUUCUCGUGGACAUUUGACCUAGACGGGAUCGCUGAACUUUACCAGUCCUACGAAGACACAAAUCUAUGGAACUUUGUUGAGAAUCUUCCAAGAGGACAUGUGAAUUUUCUGAAAGCGGAAAGAAGCUUGCACCGUUGGGCCCUUAAAGACCUUCAGCGAAUCCAUGCUGCUGAAGAGCUAGCCUCUGAAGAAGGCGGUGGCGUAGAAAUGCAUGUCCUGGAAGAUGCCGGUCAUUGGGUUCACACAGAUAACCCGGAUGGUCUCUUCAGGAUCUUGUCAUCUUCUUUCCAGGUUCUCAGAGCCUAGAGGUGCUGAACGAUCGAGGCUCUGCCUUUUUUUGUUUAAUACUUGUGAAGUUACGUCUAAAUCACAUUUGACAGAUACAAUAUCAUAUACAUCAACAUUGUGUCCGUGUAAUGUUUUGUGUGACAUAAGUAAUUAAGAAGUAACAUCAUAUGGCUGUA